CUUAGAUGUCAAUAGUAUUUCGCGAAAUAAAUUGAUUAGCAGCAGCCGCGGCGCCCAAAAAAAUAGACUUCCUUCGCCUCUCUUCAAAAUUCCCUCCCAAAUUAUUCUCGAGUUUCCCGCGCCCGCAGUCCUCUAGCAGUUCGAUAAGUCCACGAGGCAUCGAGCCCGGUUUGCGAGACAGGGAGUGGUAGCGGACGGAACCAAUACAGUACCGCGCUGAAGUCGAGUGCGUCGCGACCAUUGGUCUACGUCUCGCCGACCAAUCAUUGGGAAAGUGCACACUAAAAUAUCCAAUCGAUGGAACAACUGACGACGACGGCCGACGGACAGGUCGUGUUGCAGGGCGUGCCCGGCGGCGGCCAUCAUCAGGUGCAGAUGGUGCAGAUGCAGGCCGGGCAGGUCAUACAGGGCGCCAACGGCCAGCAGAUCGUCGUCCAUGCCGUGCCCUCGGGCGGCCAGAUCCAGGUGGGCGGCCCGGGGGCGGCGCAGCAGCUCCAGCAGAUACAGGUGGUGCCUGUGAGCAGUUUGCAACAGGGGCAAGUGUUGGUGCAGCCCCAACAGCAGACAGCCCAAUUGGUUCAGACCCCGGACGGGCAAACGUUCCUAUACCAUCCUAUGACGAUAGAAAGUGGUGGAAUUCAACAGGCCACACCCACAGUGUUGAACAUAAACGGGAAUCUCGUGCAAAUAUCUGGCGCUGCUCAAGCGACCCCUGGCGGAGUGGCUCAAACGACGGUGACGUCACCAACGGCGCAAGUGGUGCCUCAAACUCUCACCGCCGCGUCGCCCAAUCAACUCGCAAUGGCUAACGGGAACUUAGUCAUGGUGAGAAAUAACACGACAGACAUGGUACCCAGUACCGGUGCCCAGCAAUUCCAAAGAGUACAAAUACCAGGCACAGAAUUUCUAGAAGAAGAACCUCUAUACGUUAACGCUAAACAAUACAGGAGGAUACUGAAAAGAAGGCAAGCCAGAGCGAAAUUGGAAAAUGAAGGAAAAAUACCGAAAGAAAGACCAAAAUAUCUUCAUGAAUCCAGACAUAGGCACGCCAUGAAUAGGAUAAGGGGAGAAGGAGGAAGAUUCCAUUCUGGAUCUGUUAAAAAACGAAGGGAAGAAAUGCUCAGACAGGCACAGCAACAACAACAACAACAAAAUCAGCAACAACAAACACAUCACGAAGUCCAGGGAACGAUUGGAGUUUCCUAUGGAAAUUUGGAAAUGGGACAAAUUAUCAUCGAGAAUGUGAUGCCCGAUAUAAUGAAGUCUGACCCGCUUUCUAUAGAAGGAAACUAGAAAAGAAUAGGAACGCAUUUCAUUAUUUAUUAUUAAAUAUGCGAGUUGAAUGUUGGACAUUUCUGUACAUACGAAUAAUUCAUAAAAUGAUAAUUGUUUUUGUAAUUAGUUAUUUUAUGCCUAUUGGACAAUUAUUUUUGUUUUUAUAAUACGACGUGAUUUAGUUUUUAGUAGCGAAUCUUUUUGUACAAUUGUUGACAUAUUUUCUUGACUGAUCAGUUUAUAAUUAGUUGUAGUUGGAUAAAAAAAAUGAAAACCAGUACAUUUGGAAAUAAACAUUUUUUACUGUCAUUA